CCCUCGGGGUUUUGGCUCCGCCCCUCUCCCCUACCCUGUCCUGUGGCGUCGUCGCCGGCUGCUACCCCUGGACCCUGCCAUGGAGGAGACAGAAGGAGACCCGCCCACAUCAGCUGUCUUGCUGGACCACUGUCACUUCUCUCAGGUCAUCUUUAACAGUGUGGAGAAGUUCUAUGUUCCUGGAGGGGAUGUCACAUGUUAUUACACCCUCACCCAGCAAUUCACUCCCCGUCGAAAGGACUGGAUUGGAAUCUUUAGAGUGGGAUGGAAGACAACUCGUGAAUAUUACACCUUCAUGUGGGUUACUUUGCCCGUUGACCCAAACAACAUAUCAACCAAACAGCAGGAAGUCCAAUUCAAAGCUUAUUACCUGCCCAAGGAUGAUGAGUAUUACCAGUUCUGCUAUGUGGAUCAGGAUGGUGUGGUCCGGGGAGCAAGUAUCCCUUUCCAGUUCCGUCCAGAAAACGAGGAGGACAUCCUGGUUGUUACCACUCAGGGUGAGGUGGAAGAGAUUGAGCAACACAACAAUGAGCUUCGCAAAGAAAACCAGGAGCUGAAGGACAGCUGUGUCAGCCUCCAGAAGCAGAACUCAGACAUGCAGGCUGAGCUCCAAAAAAAGCAGGAGGAGCUAGAAACCUUAAAGAGCAUCAACAAGAAGUUGGAACAGAAAGUGAAGGAGCAGAAGGACAGUUGGGAGACAGAGCUGCUACAACUGAAAGAACAAAACCAGAAGAUGUCCUCAGAAAACGAGAAGAUGGGAGUCCGAGUGGAUCAGCUUCAGGCACAGCUGUCAACUCAAGAGAAAGAAAUGGAGAAGCUUGUUCAGGAAGCUCAAGAUAAGACAGAGCAGUUGGAAUGUCUGAAAAAGGAAAAUGGCCAGCUCUUUCUCAGUUUAAUGGAACAGAGGAAGCACCAGCAGAAGCUAGAGAAGACAAUGGAGGAGCUGAAGCAGCAAGAAGCUGUUGCAACGAAGAAACAGCAGGAGUUAACGGACCAGAACUUUGACCUGUCAAAAAGGCUGAGUGAGGACAAGAUGAUAUAUAAUGUUCUGCAGAGAGAGAAAGAGAGAUUGGAAGGAGAAAAUGAUCUUUUGAAGAGGGAUAACAUCAGAUUGAUGAGUUACAUGGGUCUGGAUUUUGACUCUCUGCCGUUUCAAGCGCCUACUUCAGAUCAAGGAGGUGCAGGACAAAACCCAGGACUUGUCUUUGGAAACCCAUAUUCUGGCAUCCAAGAAAGUUCUGCCCCCAGCCUGCGCUCCAUCAAGAAGUGUCCCACCUGCAAUUCAAACCUUGCUGACGACAUUUUUGAUCACAUCUCGCAGCAGCAGCCCAUUCAGACCCUGUCUUUGAAUUGUCCGAUUUGUGACAAGAGCUUCUCACCAAACGAAGAGCAAAUCUUUGAAGACCAUGUGUUCUGCCACAGUCUCUAAGUGACCCAGCCUCCUGGAGCUAUACUGCACAUAGAUUUUAUAGAGUAGAACCGAUAGCUUCUACUAUGGUUAUGACACAAGAGCCUGCCUAACCUGAAAUCAUUAAGGAUUUACUCAGUCCUGCUGCCCUAAAGGUAGAAUCAUGUCGCUAAUCUAAAGGAUAGUGUUAAGGGCUCUUCCAUCUGUGUGGGUUAUGACCUUUUAAAUCACAGAACGCUAGCUAUGUCAGCCUCUCACCUAUGAUGCCCGUUUUUCCAAGGAUUUCCAGUACAAAGGCCCUGGAAUAGAAGCACCCUGGCUAUUCAGAACAGAUUUGACUCAAAUACAAAGUGGUUUGUUUUCCAAGUUGUCCCACAGCCAUUCAAGGUCAAGCCUUGAGUAUAUUUGUACUCAGUCUUCAGUCCUACCCUUGGAGCUGGAGAUUGAUCAGAAGUUGAGCAUUUCUUCCUGUUCUUCUUCAGGCCUUUCUCCAACUGAUUGCAUUAGGCUGGCCAAAAACGGCAUGGCAGAGAACUCAGGCAUCCAGUUGGGAUACCAACGAUUUCUCAGCUCCUAAUAGAAGCGCCUUAUUCCGGAACCAUGGACAUGAAAUAUUAUUUCAGUCACAGAAAACCUUCUUUCUCUCUGGAUACCUCUGGCAUUUUCUACUCUUUGAUCUUUUCUAUGCACAUAACAUUUAUCAUUGUAAGUCUUUAACAAUUAGUGGGAGUUGUUAGAAACCAUGGGUUUGCAACUUUGUAAGCUGGUGACUUUCAUUAUGGAUGAGUGAGAAUAAUGAGAACUAAUGUUAACCUCUUUAAUACUAAAAAUAAACUGGUCCUCUUUUUCAGGGACUUUGGUAAUUUAAAA